AUGGUUACGAUAUCUGCCGAGGUGGAGAUUCAAGCGUCUCCCGAGACUGUUCGCUCUGUGUUUAUGAACUUCUCACAUUACAAAGAGUGGUCGAAAUGGACAUUCACACCGCAAGUCCCAGAGGUCAAGCCAGAUGAUCUAAAGUCCGGGGACAAGCUCCAAGUCGAUUUGAGUUUUAUGAAAUUUCAACCAGUUGUACUGGAUAACUCGGCAGAGCGGUUUCAGUGGGACGGUAAGCUGGAACCGAUAUUCUCUGGCAAACACGAGUUCACUUUUGCACCGAGCACAAAAACUCCGGGCGGCACCACGUUUACACAGACGGAAGAGUUUCGAGGCCUCCUAUCGUUCCUCAUGAGACCGGGGUGGAGUUUUGCCAACUCCACCUUGGAAAACUGGCAAGCAUUCAACAAAGAUCUGAAAGAAGAGGUCGAGAAAUCUUCAAAGUAG